AUGACGGACGGCAUCUCCAACACGAUCAGCUCUGGUCGCAACAAGGGCUCCAAGAACAAGGACGGCUCGGACGCCGAGAUGAGCCAGGCCCCCAAUCCCUGGCCAAUGAACGACAACACCAUGCUUGGCGAGACAAGCGAUGAGAUGAACGACGCUCGGCUGAAGCAGAUUGCGGCCCAGGGCAGUGCUCACUUCCACCGCCUUGGCUGGAAACGCCUGGCGAUUGUGACCAUCGUUGAGGCGGUCGCUCUCGGUGCACUCAGCUUGCCUUCCGCCUACCACACACUCGGAAUGUUCCCUGGUGUCUUCCUCACCAUCACCAUUGGAAUGCUCUCCAUUUUCACCAGUUAUCUCGUUGGCCGCGUCAAGUUGGCCUAUCCUCACGUUGCCAACUACGCUGAAGCCGGAAGACUUUUGUUUGGCCGUUACGGACGUGUCGGAUACGAACUUUUUGGAGCUGCCCUUGUCCUCGAGCUUGUCAUGGUUGUAGGAUCGCACGCUCUUACCGGCAGUAUUGCAUUGGUCGAUAUAAAUGGAGGCCAUGUCUGCUCCAUUGUAUUCUCUGCGGUGUCGGCCAUCAUCCUCCUCAUCCUCGCCAUCCCGCCUUCGUUCACUGAAGUUGCUAUCCUCGGUUACAUCGACUUCGUUUCCAUUGUGGCUGCUAUUGGAAUCACCGUCAUCGCCACGGGAAUCCAGGCCAACAAGGCCCCGGGAGGUCUUUCGGCUGUCGAAUGGUCUGCUUGGCCCAAGGAGGGAGUCUCCUUUUCCGAGGCCUUUGUCGCUGUCAGCAACAUUAUCUUCGCCUUCAGUUUCGCCAUCGGCCAGUUCUCUUUCAUGGACGAGAUGCAUACACCUACCGAUUACAUGAAAUCCAUCUGGGCAUCCGGCGGAAUUCAGAUUUGCAUCUACACAAUCACCGGCGCCCUGUGCUACGCGUUCAUCGGUCCCUCAGUUCAAUCUCCGGCUCUUCUCUCCGCCGGACCUCUUAUUUCAAAGAUUGCCUUUGGAGUUGCCAUCCCUGUCAUCUUUAUCUCCGGUUCGAUCAACUCGACUGUUGCCCUCCGAUAUAUCCAUGGCCGCAUGUACAAGAACUCGCACCUGAAGUACAUUAACACUCCCAUGGGUUGGGCCAGCUGGAUCGUCCUUGUGGUUGUCUUCACUCUCAUCGCCUGGGUCAUUGCUGAGGCUAUUCCUAUCUUCUCCGACUUGCUUUCACUGGCCUCGGCUCUGUUCGUUUCAGGUUUCUCAUUCUACCUCCCUGCCAUUAUGUGGUUUGCACUCCUCUGCAAGGGUAAGUGGUUUGCCCGCGAGAACAUCCUCAUCAGUCUUGGAAGUAUUUUGGCCUUCAUUGUCGGUGCUGUGACUUUGGUUGCUGGUACUUACUCGACUAUUGUUGACAUUAUCGACGAGACAACCAAGGGUAGUGCUCACAAGCCAUUUGCUUGCCGAUCGUCUUAG